CACCCUCACACGCCGUCGUAAAAUAUUUCGGGAUCAGACCGCAUUCCCAUGGGGCUCCUUUUCCUUGCCAUGACCUUCUCCCCCCUCUCCCCCGAUCCCUUGAAAAACCCCUCUCCAUCGCCUCUUCUCCCCUCCACGGGCCGCUCAAAACCCCUCCCCCUCGCCGCCCUCCCGCUCCAGCCACGAGAAAGCCAGCUCCGCCCUGGCUCGGUCGCCGGAUCCGGCAGCGGAAGCAGGGAGGGGAGGUGCGGAGGGACCAGCGGCCAAGGCUGAUGCUGCCGCCGCGAUGGUGUCGCCGGCGAGGCGGGUGAGCCGGUGCGCGGGUUGCCGAAAGAGGGUGGGGCUUGCGGGGUUCCGGUGCCGGUGCCGAAGCAGGGAGGGAAGCCAACGACCCCCCUCCAAACAACCCCUGUCGGAAGGGGUUGCUUCAUAGAGAUAGAGAUGUCGAUGAGUUCUAUGCGAUGUGCGAUCCAGAGGCAGAGGGAGAGGGAGCUGGAGUUGGAGGGGAAUGAGGCACUGGAGAUUGUGUCGGUGGAGCAUUUCCCGGCGGAGACGUCGCCGGAGGCCACGAACGACGACGACGGGUCGCCGGGGGCGGCGGUGGAGGAGGAGGAGGACAGGAAGCAAGCGAUCGCAGUCGCGGCGGCGACGGCAGCGGCGGCCGAUGCUGCGGCGGCGGCCGCAGAGGCGGCGGCGCAGGUGGUGAGGCUGGCAGGGUACGCGCGGCUAUCUAGGGAGGAGAAGGCGGCGGUGCGCAUCCAAUCCUACUACCGCGGCUACCUGAUUACAACAUGCCGUGAGGAAAACGUUUCAGAGAUAUUGAGUUUCAGCACACAUCCGUGGGAUCUACUGCUGAUCGUUCCCAGCAGCCCGACGAGCCCCAGCAGCCCGAUGAGCCCCAUACUCAAUGGACUGGGGAGAGUGAGGAGAACACGAGGGCCCACCCGAGCACGAGACGUGUGGAUCCUACGUGAGGAUGAGAAGAUUAUCGUCCAUUGCAACGAACUGGGGCAGCCUAUCAAGAAGGCUGCAAGCAUUUUAUCCACUUUUUUAGGAUCGGUUGCGCGGAAGGGACAGUUAUUUCCGCUCAACUAUACGAAAUGGAAUGAAAUGCUUUCUUCGUAUAAGGUUGAGCUUCUUAGAGUUAUUGAGGUAAAAAAUUGAAGUUGCUUACUAUCUUCAAUUAUUUUUUGAUUUAACAUUGAUAUAACAUUUUUGACUUUGAUGUAGAAAAAGUUUGUCCUUCCUGCAAAUAGCCAUGAUUGGGUAUUGAAGUCCGUCAACCGCAAAUGGAAAGAAUAUAAGGCGAAGCUAAAGGCAGAUUGGAAGCACGAGGGCAUGACUGAAGAGGAGGUGGCCCGUGUUUGUCCUCCAGAUGUAAUCUCUCAUCAGUGGAGGGAGCUUGUCCACUACUGGUUUUCCGAGAGAGCUCAGGUUGUGUAUA